AUGGGGCCCCCAGGCAAUAGGGAAUCAUGGGGCCCCUGUGUCCUUUUUUAUUCCCAAACUCAAAAAAGCCUAUGAAAAAGGUACCAGGGGCAUCUCAUGGGGCCCCCUACUGAUCCCGGGCCCCUCGUUUCCAAAUGGUCAGUCUGCCCCUGGUUGGAAGGGGGUGAAUGUGUCCGGACCAGGGGCGGACUGACAACUCAUGGGGCCCCCGGGCAAUAGGGGAUCAUGGGGCCCCUGUGUCCUUGCCCAAACUCAAAAAAGCCUAUGAAAAAGGUACCAGGGGCAUCUCAUGGGGCCCCCUACUGACCCCGGCCCCCUGGGCCCGCGAGUUUCCAAAUGGUCAGUCCGCCCCUGGUCCGGACUGCAAGUGGUUAAAGUGUAUUGAG